UCCACACUGGCUGACAUAGUAACCUGUGAGCUACUGUGCUCCUGCUGCUCCUCUUCCAGAAACAUUGUGAGGAAAGAAAACAAACCUGCAUGAAUGGAUCCUUUAUUUUUUAACAUAUUUUAGUGACCGUAAAUGAACUGAAACGUCUCGGAUUUCGCGACUGAUCUGAAUGUUUCAAUCGCUCGCGGUGAAGCGAACACGGAUUCCUCGCGCAGAGAAUCAAAGUCUCUCAAACGCACCGUUUAGCUGCACAAACAUGGAUGUUCUGGCCAAUUACAGUAUUUUUCAAGAACUUCAACUUGUUCAUGACACUGGCUACUUCUCUGCGAUGCCGUCUCUGGAGGAAAACUGGCAGCAGACAUGUUUGGAAUUGGAACGCUAUCUGCAGACGGAGCCCAAAUGGCUGUCCGACCUUUUCGAUGAGGAACUGGAUGGUCUUCUUACCCCGUCCUUCAUAAAGGAAGAUGCAGAUGAAGACCUGUUAGACCCCCUCCUUCCCAGCCUCAACAACCCCCCCAGGCCUCCUCCUCCUCCUCACCUCACCCCACGUAAAGAAACCCUCUCCUCCACUUCGACCUCUCCAGACAUCACCUUAGGGGUCAACGCAGCCCAGCUGAACGCUGUCACCUCCUUAACACCACCCUCAUCUCCAGAACUGGGCCGUCACUUAGUCAAACCCAUGCACACCCUCAGUGCCUCACCCGACGGGACCCUAACGCUCAAGCUAGUGGCCCGAAAGAUGGGCUUGAGCUCUGCCAAGCUUGUGGCAGCCCACCCGGUGCCACUUUCUCCCCAGCAUGGCAGCAGUGGUGCACAGAGUGAUGGUGAACAGGGUGGCACCUGCACAAUCGGGGCCGGUGAGAUGGCAGAGAACAAGAAGAGGGUCCAUCGCUGCCAGUUUAACGGGUGUCGGAAGGUCUACACCAAGAGUUCACAUCUGAAGGCGCAUCAGAGGACACACACAGGGGAGAAGCCAUACAAGUGCUCAUGGGAAGGCUGUGAAUGGCGGUUUGCAAGAAGCGACGAAUUGACAAGGCACUACCGAAAACAUACCGGCGCUAAGCCUUUCAAGUGCAAUCACUGCGACAGGUGUUUCUCUCGAUCUGAUCACUUGGCACUGCACAUGAAGAGACACAUCUGAGGAGGAAGAGGAGGACGUGGCAAAAUGGCGAGGUGGAGAAAGAGACAGAGAGAAAGUAGAGGGAGAAAAAAAGAGAGGGAUUAUGGGAAGGAGUCGGAUACCACUCAGGCCAUUCGCUCAUCCCACCAGAGAGAGGCCCCCGUGAGGGAACAGGUCUUGAGGUUUGGUCAGCCAAGUGUGAGGACGUAAAUUUGGAGGUCUACAGAUCUGAGAAGGUGGUACGACAUCGUAUGUCACUGAAAGACAACGUGCUUCAGUAGGUAUUUGCCUAAUACUUAAAAAAUCAAUGACUCAAUUUAGUUACUACUAUUAUUGUGUUCCAGUGUCUCCAAGAUCCAUUUAAAGCUUUCGUCAAUUUUACAUAGAGUACAUCUUACACAGAUUGUCACAGACGGACACGCUACAAUUGAACUUUGUUUUGAUUUACUGCACUGUGUAGGACGUGUCCCGAAUGCAUCUCCUUGAGAAAUUUUGGAGAAUAUCAUAGCGGUAGGACGCCAAUCCAAAGAGGAUUUAAUUUUUUUCAUUUUGAGUAAGGAUUGCCUUUCUGCUUUGAUCCCACCAAUGCACAGCCAAGAUCUAAAGUGGAAUGUCCAUCCGGAGAAAUCUGGAUUUCAAAGGCAAAAGGCAACCAAGUGGAAUCACCCAUUGCUCAAAUGUGAAUCUUAAUAGGGGCAGUGGAGGAAACACUCUCACCUUCUUCGUAGAUGGACAAAUAUCUCUCUUUGAAAUCCCUCCCUGCCAACCAACUGCUGCGCAGCGACACUUUGUGACUUUUUAUAAAGGAAAAAAAAAUAAUAAUUAAGGAAGAUAUCUUUUUGAAUGAUGAAUAGUGUUAUAUAAUUCAGAAGACUUCUUUUUUGCUUUUCUCCUGUGGAUGUGUACAAAUUUGAAAAAAAAUAAAGAAAUAAAAAUGGACCAAAAAAAAAAAAAAACCUGCCAUAUGCACAAGCUAAGAGUAGUGGAUUCUACACUGGCACAGAACGCAUCUAAGGUGGACUUAAUUUCUAUAGAAACGCAAACUUUUAGUGGCAAAAAAAAAAAAAAAGAGCAACGUUGUUGCACAGGUUUUGAGCAUUCCUCAACAUUAUUUAUGACCCAUGAAAUGUUUUCCCAUAAACUUGGGUUCUUUCAGAAUUUCUAGGACUAGCAUGAAACGAGAAAAGUACCAUGGUUUAUUUGCGGACUUCACUACAGAACAGUGACUUCAAUCAUUCAAGGCAGAGAUUUGCGAUCACAAAGUUUAGAUUUGGUAAAUGCAUCACAGAAUGUCCUGAAAACUCUCCGGACAGACAUUUCCCAUCAAUUAUUUUAGUUUGCACGGAUGAAAGCAUCAUAAAAAAGGUGUGUGUUGUGUUUUGCUGGUCCUAUAAGUGACAUAUACAUGUUUAGACUUUAAGAAGUUUUUUUUUUUUUUUACUUACACAUAUCUACCUUGUGUUCCUGGUAAAAAAUGGCUGUACAGUGUGGAAAUUGUAUAGUAGAAGUGAGGUUUAAAUUAUAACGUACAAUCAAGUGUGGGAUAGAAAGUGUUCCUGAAUGUAAGGUUGUUUGAUUGUGGAUGGCCCUGCACUUAUGCAAUCAUUCAGACCACUGAAAGGCGUGAUCUGCUCCAGAUAGAUCCCACUGUGGCUCAUGCAUAAAGAUCUACAGAAAUGCUUGCUGAUGAAGGAAGAGCUCACAUAAAAUUUAAAAUCUGUCAUUUUACUCAUUUUACUCUGUUUACUCACCUUUGUGUCAUUCUGAACGUGUACGACUUUCUUUACUUAGUGUAACACAAAGAUGUUUUAAAGAAUGCUCUUUUUCCUACAGUGAAAAACAGGAAUAGGCUGUCAGAUUCAAAAUAAAAUGACAUGGGAGCACCAUAAAAAUAGUCUAAGUGACUAUAUUUCAAGACUUCUGUGUCUAAAAAACAGAAAAAAAUUUUACUUACUUUGUGCAAUAGGUCUUGAAUAUCUUUUUCACUUCCACAUUUUCAAACUUGCAACAAACAAUUACAAGACGUGCAAAAUAAUGGAUUUUGGGACUUCAAAAGUGAUGAAAUGUAUCUUUCAAGCAUAGUUAUAAUGCAUAACAUUUCAGAUUUUUUAAUUUAAGUUGUUUUGACUACUUUUGCAGCUGGUCUUUUCAGAGCUCCACUUGUUCCUCUUCACUUUCGUAAUAUUUGUUAAAUAUUAUAAACGUUCUGCUAAAAGAAAGUCAUACAGAUUUAGACUCAACAUAAGGGUGAGUAAAAAAUGAAAGUUUGCACUUUUGUGUGAACUAUGCCUUUUUCCCAACAUCCUGUUUUGUGUGCGUUGUGGUGGAAACCACAUUGUAUGAUUGAACUCAGAGGCCCAGAACUUAAAAAUUUAUAAAAUGUAUUUGAUUUAUUUUUAAUCAUUGCAUACUGUAUAUAAACAUCAUAAUGCUGAUACUGAUGCUUUGACUUAUUCAAAGUGUGAGAUCAGAUGCAAAAUCAAAGUCAAUGAUGAUUUUAACCAUAUCUUAAGAUUUAAAAUACCAUUUGAUUCAUAUCACCCAACAAUUGGUGCUGGACAAGGAUAUUCAUGUCUUGUUCAAACCGUCUGUCAGUGCCUUGUCCUUCUCACUCACUUGUCUAACAUGGACCAACGGGAGGCACGUCUGACAGAAUGGUGGUCUGGGUAAUGAAAAAGGAAUUGGGCUCUCCCAGCAGCGGCUAGCCCCUCAAUGGGGUGGAACGGAGUAGGACCACACUGGAGGCCGCAUGCUACACUUAUGCUGACCAGGAGAUCUUAUCGCAACUGCCCGACACAGUCAAUUUCACUGUGUAGCCGGGUGUCAGCUUACCUCCCUCCCUGGCCACAUUAGUCUAUGAAGAAUAACAAAGACACAAGGUCACCUGAAUCCAGAACAGAGCCGUGCGCAUCUGAUUUUUCUCAAGAGACCAUCAUACUGGCCGCUUUUCCAUUUAAAAUCUAGUGCGUGAAACAUGCUUUUCAUAGAAGACUGCAACCUGAAAUGUUACAAAAAUUGUAGCAAGCAUGAUCUUGGGGUAUGCAGACUAGGAAUUAAAGCAUCAUUUUAUUCCAUAUUUUUUGGCAACACAAUCCAAUAUUUACACGAAUGAAACCUCUCAACACCUAUAAGAAGAU